UUAACUUGUUUUACUUUUUUUUUUUUGCUUGUUUUCUUUAUUUUGCGUUGAAUUAGAACUCGGCCAUGGCUUUUGCAAUGAGGAGCAGUCUAUCUGGCAGUCUGAACUUGCCGAGAAUCGGCAGCCCUUCGUCUCUGCGAUACCUGAGAGCAGCUGACACACGGAUUCCACUCACACAAUCGAUUCGAUACCAGAUUCUCAGGCUUGCCAAUACCGGGCAAGCAUGGCAGAGGCACAGCCCAGUAGAUAAGCGGUGGCUGCACACAAUCACACAUACACUAGGGGGAAUUGCGGGUAAAGGCAGGCUGGCUAGAAGCUAUGCAGCUUACUCAACCGAAUCAAAGAGUCCGUCGGAAGAGCACCACGAAAAGGUGCUGACAAUUCCGAAUGCACUGACCAUGGCGCGGAUCCUGUCGUCGCCCAACGAUAUGGUCCUAGCGCUUACCGGAUGUGUCGUGUUUGGGCUGACCGAUGCGCUGGAUGGAUAUAUUGCGCCAGCCGACAAGGUGCUGAUGACGACACUGACGGUGGCACUGGCAUAUGGCGGGCUCUUGCCAACAGCCCUGGCAGCAGUUAUUAUCGGACGCGAUCUGGCGCUGUCGCUGGCGGCAUUCUUUAUCCGGUGGACGACGCUGCCGGCUCCCAAGACUCUGAAGCGGUACUUUGAUCUGUCGAUUCCGUCAGUCGAGGUACGGCCGACGCAGAUCAGCAAGUGGAAUACGGCGCUGCAGCUUGGAUCACCUGGAACCACCACGGUUCUCAGCGGAAUUGGGUACUUGACAUCCAAGGACGCUCAAAGCGAUAUCCCAAAGCCGCCGCACAUUCUGCCGACUAAGAAACAGCAAAAGUAGACACGGAGCAGAUAUAUUUCUCAAAUACAUAUUGCCAUGCUAGAUGAGCGUGCGCGGCUUGUCCUUGAUAUCGUCAAGCUUGGCCAGCUUCUUCGCUGACAAAGAUUGCGCGCGCCCGAUCCAUGUCAUCGACAGUGUUGGCGCGGCGCAGACACUCGUUCAUGAUGUUUUUGUGCUCCUUGCAGUUCCAGACCACGCUGAUCGUGUAUUUGGCGCUGCACUCGGAGAAGAACCGCAUGGCGUCGGCACACCGGUCAUACGACUGCUGCCGCUUCAGCUCGAUCACCUUGUUCUCCUCUCGCCGCGUUAGCGAGGCAACCUGCAGGCUGGGGUGCAGGCUGGGUGCCGCGACAGGCGGCUUUGGCGUCAUUAG